AUGACUGUGAUCCAUGCACAUCCUGAAAAGGCCCAGCGGUACAUUGGCCUUCUAGAGGCGGCGCGCGUCGCUGGGAACUGGCAAGAACUUCCCGAACUCAUAAGAAAGGUCAGGAAGCACGCUCCCGACCGCAAAUGCUUGACCGAGGUUGCCAGCUUCGAACUCGAAAUCGCAAAUCGUGCGACCACAGCGAGUCGAAGACCAGGCACUGCAACUACCAAUUCGGCCCUGCCAGACUCCCAAGUCGCCGCCCUCGAAGCACAAUUGCGCGCGAGUGGACAGCCAUUUGAAGAGGUGGUUCAAGGACAUACAGCCCUGCUAUGGGCUCGUUGGCUCGGUUUCCUACCGAGGGACAAGUCGCCCUCUCCGCUCAGCUUCGAACCCUCUCGCACCGCUGCCGAUGCCACUUCUGUCUGGACGAAGAUCUGCGUGGUGAAGAGUGUUUACAUUACAGGGAUGCUGCUGGAGCAGGCCGGUGGGGAAGCAAAUGCAAGACAAUUGCACCGCACGAUUCUGCCGUGGCUCGACUCUAACCGCAGCCUUGUGGUCUCAACGAAGCAACUCCUGUAUUGGGCGCAGCAGCUUCUUGCUCGCAUAGCACUGGGCCGGGACCCAGUCCUCCAACGCGGUGCUGCAACUGCCAGCUCCGACGAGUCUUUACCAAUCAGGCUCCAGGCAUACCGUCAUUGGGCAGUGUUGGCGGUCAAGAACAAUGACAUUUCGCCUGCAACAUACGGCAACGGGCCGGGCCAUCUCUCCAAACUCGCGGUGUGGCGAUCUUACUAUCGGUUUCUGUCAAUUAUCCUGCAACAGGGCGCAAUGGGACUCCAGGCUGUCUCAAUGGCCCGUCCUGAUCUGGCAGUUGAACUGCGUCGUGUGGAAACCUCAUGCGAGAAUGAACUGCUGCGACAUACACAGUUCCCGAAAGCAAACGAGACCAACGCCGCCGUUGAAGAAUGGGUGGAAGAUUUGAUCCGCAAUUGGCAGGCCCUCUGUGGCCCCGACUGGUCGGAUACGGACCUAGGAGAGGGCGGCCGUAACUCGGUGGGCAGAAAUGUGCUUGACAUGCUGUAUCGGGCAGCGACAAAGACCUUCCACUCUACACUCAUCCUAAGACGGUUAUUCCAGGUGCAUAGAGCUCUGACGGACUUUGACCUUGCUUACAAGGCUUUGGACACAUACAUUGAGCUGAUGGAUAGGGCGCGUGCACGAGAAGCCAAAUCCAAUGAUCCUAUCGGGGCCAGAGACAGCAACGAGAUUUUCCUGACGACCAUUGCAGAGGGCAUCGAGGGUCUCUGUGCAUUCGGGCGGCGGUCCGAGGCUGAGAAGGCAUACAAUUUGUGUUCGAAACUCGAGGAUCUCAUGGCAGACCUUCAAUCUCCAUCGGCAACCCCAACAGCAAAUGAAUCGGAGGCGCCAAAUGGAGCGUUGCAAACCAACGGCUCUGGGCCACUCUCUCUUUCCGCCGACGUAGUGGACAUAGCUUACCGAGCCAUCGGCAUCGCAAAGUCCCAAUGGGCUCGUUGGACGCCAGUCAGCGAACAAAGGUCCGAACUGCAGUCGGACGCCAUUCAAUCUUUCCACCGGGCUGUUUCACAGAUGCUGCCUCGGGAACAGCAACUGAAGUCUCUCUAUGCGCUCAGUCGGUUGCUCGCAGAGACGCGUGACAUCGACGGAGCCAUCGCGGUCGUGAAGACGGUAUUGACGUCUGAUCUGACCAGAGACACAGCAGCCCAUUCCUUCCGGAUGCCUAGGCAGUUACUACCUUUUUGGCACCUGUUGGCUCUUCUGCUCACGUCAAGGCAGGACUUUGAAACUGCGAGCCAGAGCUGUGUUGCGGCGUUGGCUCAAUUCCCACCACCUGACGUGAUGUUCGGCCCUUUCGUUGGAGAAGGGGAGAAACAGGCGACUGCAGCGCAGAAGUCAGGGCUGGUAGACGAUAUGGAAUGCGAGGAACUGCAGAAGAUCAUUGAAAUUCGGAUCACGGAACUUGCACUGAUGGAGCUGAUGGAAGGGCCGGGAAAUGCGGUCAACCGGAGCAAUGAGCUACUGGCAUUGUAUUCUCGGCUCUUUGGACGUUUUGGGGGUGUUGUUGGGACAGAGGAAAAGUCCAGGGCGAGGACAGUGGAACGCCCCAAAAGCUCUGCUGGUACGGUUAAGAGCGUUCGAGGCAGUGUCUUCUCGCGACGAAAGGCAGGGCGUGAUACUGAGCGAGCGCCGAGAGCGAAUGACGCCCCUUCAUCAACGAACGAGAAGCCACGACCAAAUACCCAACCGUCGGACGCCCCGGCAAUACAAAUCACGAAUGAGGACGAGAAGCCCUCGCCGCACAAACAUAAGAUUUUUCGUCUAUCUCUUGACCAUGCCACAAAGGAGAAACCUAGGCGUCGGGUUUCUCUCUCGCAGAGUCGAGGGAGGAAAGAUGGCAGCGAUACGAACGGCACGAGAAAAUCAGUCGAGGCCAGCCACGAGACGACAGACAUGGCGCGCUCGGAAGAGAAGCCCAUCGACUCGCAGAAGGUGCCGGCUGUGCCAGUGUCUGCGAAUCAUGACAAUAUUCAAGAAGCCAAGCAGCCGUUGAAAGAGAUUGCCCAUAACCUUGGAGCACACGAUGAGCUACCACGACCUGCGCGCCAUGAAAGUCAGCCGCCGGAGCAAGACGUGCGAUUGCCCCUUGCAGGAUCACGGACAACUCGGACGGAUCUCACGUGUCGAUUCCCAACCUCGGCAUCGCAGAGAUACGCGCUUACAAUGUUGGUCAAGAUCUGGCUGGUCAUUGCCACCCUGUACCGACGGGCCAGCAUUUUUGACGACUCUCGAGAAGCUUGCGACGAGGCCGCCAAGGUGGCAGUGAAGAUAGAGGGCAUGAUUGCCAGCGUGGAGAGUUCGGCGCGAGCAUUCAGUGAUGCUGGAUGGGGAGGAUGCGGCAAGAGUUCGGACGAAAUUUGGGCGGACGUCUACUAUGAACGAGCCGAGCUCUCGAUGGCCAUUGCACGAGCUCGAGAAGAGAAAGAAGGCCAAGGGUACAGCGAGGGCGUGCGCGAGGCGGUCGAUCAGUACGAACAAUGUCUGAUGUACGUUGCCAACCACGCCGGGGGAAUCGUUGGGCUGAGUAACGUGCUCCUGGACUACUACGAGCGCAAAGUGGAAUUGGCACAACGGGUGGAUGGUGGGCAAGGGCAGGCGGACGAAGCCCCGGAGGAGAGAUCGCGACGACACAGACGGGAGUUGAGUCGGAACUCGGAAGGGGGAUUGGUGGACGGCCCGCCUGGCCCGGGCAGCAGCACGGCCAAGGAGGCGGCGUCGACGACAGCGAAUGCUGCCAGCGGGGCCAAAGACGACGAACUGAAGAAGACGCCGGACAACCUCAACCGUCUGGCAGCUCGAGAUCGCGCAUAUGGAUUGCUGUCGACGCUCACGAAGCUGGGGUCAGGCUGGGACAAUCCAGAGGCCUGGUUCGCAUUGGCGCGGGCUCAUGAACUGGGAGGGGAAAUAGACCGGGCGAAAGAGAUCCUGUGGUGGUGUGUCGAACUGGAGGACACGCGACCGAUUCGACAUUGGUCAAAUGUGGGAUGUGGCGGGUAUGUGUUGUAG